AUGCCACCACGCAGCCGCAGACGAGGCCGCUGCCCGAUGCAGCAGCAGAAGCAGCAGCUGCUGCAGCAGCAGCUGCUGCAGCAGCAGCACCCGUCUCAGCUGCUGCAGCGACAGCCGAUGAAGGAUUUGCUGCAGCAGCAAAACUUGAACUGCAGGCAGCAGCAGCAGCAGCAGCAGCAGCAGGAGCAGCAGCAGCAGGAAUCUAUAGACUUCUACUCUCCAUACGCUUCAGCCUACGCGCGCAGCGAAUCAGCAGCAACAGCAGCAUCACCUGCUGCUGUUGCUGCUGCUGCUGCUGCUGCUGCUGCUGCUGGGCGGCAGCGCCGCUGCAGCAGCGCCCGUAGGGCAACCGAUCGCCACCCUGUUGCUGUUUCUGCUGCAGCAGCAACAGCAUCUGCUGCAGCAGCAACAGCUUCUGCUGCAGCAGCUGCUGCUGCUGCUGCUGCGUUAGACUGUACGAUGAUGCCUGCAUGGAGCAGCAGCGAAGAAGAGCAGCUGCUGCUAGCACCGAGCUCAGCAGCAGCAACAGCAGCAGCAACCCCUGUUGCUGCUGCAGCUAAUACCCCUGAUGCUGCUGCACACCAAAAGCAGCAGCAGCAGGAGGCGCAGCAGCAGACUCACCAGCAGCAGAAGCAGCAGCAGGAGAACGAGACAGAGCAGCUGCAGCAGCUGCAGCAGCUGCAGCAAGAACCGCAACGGCAGGGUCAGACACAGCAGCAGCAACAGCAGCAGCAGCAGCAACAACAACAGCAACUGCAGCAGCAACAGCCACAGCGCAACGGAACGCAGAAUCACCAGCAGCGCUUCCCGACGGUGGAGCAGCAGCAGCAGCAGCAGCAGCAGCAGCAGAAGCAGCAAGAGAAGCAGAUCGAGCAGCAGCAGCCAUUGGCGACAGGGCAAGAACGAGCAGCAGCAGCAGCAGCAGCUGUUGCUGCUGCUGCUGCUCCUGCUGUUGCUGCUGCUGAAGCGGGGAACGUUCUGGCUGCUGCUGCUGCAGCAACAGGAAGACAGGAUGUAGGCGACUGUAGCAGCAGCAGCAGCAGCAGCAGCAGCACCAGCAGAAGCAGCAGCAUGGGCAGCAGAAACCAUCCGCAGGGAAUGGAGAACAGCAAACUACCCGAACACAGCAGCAGCAGCAGCAGCAGCAACAGCAGCAGCAGCAGCAGCAGCAGCAGCAGGCGUCUACAGAAGAGGCCGACAGUUCUUUGCGUCUCUCCUUGGGUUUGGGCUGAUGGAGAUUUUGCUGCUGCUGCUGCAGCAGGUGCUGAUGCAGCAGCAGCAGCAGCAGCAACAUUUUUAGAUGGUGCUGCUGCUGCUGGUCGGGCGCAGCUGCUGCAGCAGCAGCAGCAGCAGCAAGAAACACGCAUGCAGCUGCAGCGCGUAAGACAAGCAGCAGCAGAAAUGAGUAAAGUUUGUAUGGUUAAGAAGCAGGAGUUGCUGCUGCUGCAGGAGGCAGCAGAAGGAGCAGCACUAGACAGCAGCAGCAGCAGCAGCAGCAGCAGCAGCAGCAGCAGCGGCAGCAGCAGCAGCAAACGCGGAGACGAUGACGACCCCGAGGUUGCUGCUGCUGCUGCUCUGUGCCAUGUGGAAGAGCUGCUGUUGCUGCUGCAGCAGCAGCAGCAGCAACGCGAGCAGCAGCUGCAGCAGCUCAAGACAGAAGAGGGGAGGCUGCUGCUGCUGCUGCAGCGAGGAAGACAACGAAGGCAGCAGCAAGUUAUGAGCCUUUGUAAAGAUGUUCUCUUCCCCGUCCUGUGUUUGGUGUCGGGGGUCUUCGCGACGGCCGCCUCCGCUCCAAGCGGCGAUUCACUCUAUCAACUGGUUGCAGCACUGGGGCGACAGCAGCUGCUGCUGCAGCUGAACGAAGCUUCUUACCCCUCCCUGGAUAUAUCGCUGCAGGGUUUGUGCUGCCGCUUUGCUGCUGCAGCGCAGCAGCAACUCAUGGAGAAGCUGCAGCUGUUGCUGCAGCAGCUGCAGCAGCAGCAGCUCCCGCUUCGCCUGCGCCUGCGGGCUGCUGAGGAGACCCGUUCCGAGCAGCAGCAGCAGCAGCAGCAGCAGCAGCGAGGGUUUGCUGCUGCUGCUGCUGCAGCACCUGCAUCUUGUCUGUCUACGGGUAUAGCUGAGGCACUGCAGCAGCUGCUGCUGCCGCUGCUGCAGCAAGCAGCAGCAGCAAAUGUUGCUGCUGUGUGGCUGCUGCUGCUGCAUGUCUUUCGGGGGGCCCUGCGUAGUGCUGUUGCUGCUCUACAAGUUCAGGCUCUCAACUCUGCUGCAGCAGCAGCAGCACGAACAGCAGCAGCAGCAGCAGCAGCAGCAGCAACAAGGAAAGCAGCAGCAGCAGCAGCAAAGGAUGCUCCGCCUCUCAUUUGCCUUCCUAUAGCUGAUGCUGCUGCUGCUGCUGCACUGCAUGCGCGGGCAGUCAGAGCGCUGCAGCUGGACGUACACUUCAGCAGCAGCAGCAGCAGCAGCAGCAGCAACGACAGUGUAAACAAUAUCAUGGCGCUACAUGCUGCAGCAACUGCAGCAGCAGCAGCAGCUGCUGCUGCUGAGAGAGAAGAAGCAGCAAGCCCUCACGGGGGAGCUCAUACCUGCCCACGCAAGCAGCACACACCACCUGCUGCUGCUGCUGCUGCUGCUGCUUCUGCUGCUGCUGCAGCAGCAGCAAAGUUUCAGACCCUCUUCUGCUUCCUGGGGUCCCCAUAUAGGCUUGGGCUCUUCCCGCAGAGAGCGCGAUGGCAGCAGCAGCAGCAGCAACAGCAGCAGCAGCAGCAGCAGCAGCAGCAGCAGCAGCAAGGAGGAGCACUUCAGCUGUCUCUGGAGGCCUCGCCCCUAGACUGUCUUUGCUCGGCAGCAAACGACGCCACGCUGCUGCUGCUGCUGUGCAUGCAGAUUGAGAGAUCCUUGCAGCAAGCAGCAGCAGCAGCAGCAGCAGCAGGGUGCAGCAGCACAAAGAAACCCCAGGGGCUGCUUGGAAGCACCCGUAGCAGCAGCAGCAGCUGCAGCAGCUGCAGCAGCUGCAGCAGCAGCAGCAGCUGCUGCUGCUGCCAGCUUGUUGCUUCUCCCUCCUUGAACGGGGAGGCGGAGAGCAGCAGGGAAGAGCCUCUUAAGCAGCUGCAGCAGCAGCAGCAGCAGCAGCAGCAGCAGUGGCAGCAGCAUACUGAGCAGCAGCAACAGCAAGAACCGCAGCAGCAGCAGCAACAACAACAGCAACAGCAGCAGCAGCAGCAGCAGCAAGGGAACCGCUGGCAGGGGCUGCUCUCUUCUGUUCGGGGGGGGCUCACCAACCUGCAGCAGUUUGCUGCUGCUGUGCCUGGCCGUCUGUACACUCCAACAUCAGCAGCAAGUGACCAGCAGCAGCAGCAGCAGCAGCAGCAGCAGCAGCUGUCCCGCAGCAGCAGCUGUACUCCCUCGAUAUCUGGGGUGCAGCAGCAGCAGCAGCAGCAGCAGCAGCAGCAGCAGCGGGAGCAGGAGGAAGAGCAGCAGCAGCAACAGCAGCCGAAGCAGCAGCAGCAGCAGCAAGACGGCUGGCAAGAAGAGAACAAUAUCUGCUGCAGCAGGAAGCAGCAACAGCACGAGAUGAAGUUGCUGUUGGUUGUGCUGCUGAAGCUGUUGCAUGCGCUCGCCUGCUGCGGCGGCUGCAGCAGCAGAUCAGUGCUGCUGCUGCUAGACCCUUCGAAGAAGCAAUGA